AUGCCUGUAGUAUCAUCUGACCACGUACACCCGAGCGAAGGCGCUGCCGAUUCGCCAAUCAAGAAAUCGCGAAGAGGCAAUCGGUUUCAGCCCAUUGUCAGUUGCUUGGAAUGUCGUAGGAUGAAGUGGAAAUGCGAUAGGAACUUUCCAUGUAACAACUGCAAAAAGCGAGGGCUGGAAUCUAUAUGCCCCAAUGGACAGCUCAGUGGAGCGAAGAGUGAUCGUCAACAAGUGGUCGAAAUGCAGACCCGUAUCGACGAGCUUGAGCGUGAGCUCCAUCUUGCUCGCCAGGCGCUACCGACUUCCUCCACCAACCGACCUCAUUCUCACCCCCCAGACAUCCCUAUUCCCCUCCUUCCCACCUCUGCAGUACCUUCGACAAGUACCGCCACACGAAUAUCGCCCGAGGGACUGGGGGAUGGAGCGAAAAGUGCAGGGAAAAGAGCGGAUCAUGGGCAAUUGACGUUAGGCGAGACUCCGGGUAUCUCGAGGUUCUUCGGAGGCGCUGGGACGCAGUAUUUGAUGCAUUCUGAGGGCCAUUCCAGCCCUGCAUCUGCUACCGUGCCAUCGCCGAGCCUCACCAUGCUAUCAUCUUUCCUCCCAGGCGCGUCAAAGCAGCUGUCUCUUGCACAGAUACAGAGCUACCUCCCAGAUGCGAUUACUACCGCUCACUUGUCCGGCAUCUUUUUCGAGCAUGGCUGUGUGAACUACGACAUUAUCCGAAACGACAGCUUUGAAAAGAUAUACCUCGCAAUCUCCAACACCUCUUCCUCCUCUUCCCCCAUCUCAAGCGCUCGCACCUCGAGGGGGGAUGAGAAUAACCAACACCUCGCCCUAGUCCUACUCGUCCUAGCCGUAGGUGCACAGAUGGAUACUUCUCUCCCACCAUACAACGAAGUCGGGGAAGGGCUAUAUCAUCUCGGAUGUAUCGCCCUCGCUCAUGAUGUAUCGAGUAGUAUAACGCUAGUCCAAGCUAUCAUCAUCAUGAGUCGAUACGAAAGCAACUCGGGACGGACCGUGGCUUAUGAAGCGUUUUGGCCGAUUUUGGGGCUAGGGAUAAGGUGUGCUCAGCAGAUUGGGCUUCAUAGAGAUGGCAAGAACUGGGCAUUAUCAGACGACGAAGUAGAGCUUCGAAGAAGAGUGUAUUGGGAGAUGUAUCAAGAGGAUACGUUGCAGAGUAUGUCACAGGGACGACCGAGGGGAACCAAGGAAUCCACUGUAGAUGUCGUCUUUCCAAUGCUCGAUCCGGAUAGUAUGACAUCAAUAUUUUCAAGAUUCAAGUACCGCGUCUCUCUCAUAUUCGCCAGAAUCAACUCGUUAUUCAGCGACGUUAAAUCAGUUUCUUUCGAUCAAGUACUUGCGCUCGACAAAGCCACUCGAAGCCUCGAAUCGGAACUACCGCCCGAGCUAGUAUUUGGCAGCAAUCUACCCGCACAUCAAGCCACUCGACGUAUCAUGUUUGUACAUCGCAGCUACUUUGCGCGCGUGCUUCGCGAGUCUCAAGCCGAGCCUCUGAUGUCUCCCUACAGCUUUAGCUACGUUGCUGAGCUCGAAUCAUCCAGGAUCAUGAUCGACAUCCUGAAGUCUGCUAUGGCAGUCGAUCCCGAUAUCGCAGGACGUUACUGGAUAUUCUGGUUUCACGCAUUCAUGGCGAUCCACAAUUUUUCCGUCUCUGUAGUUCGAUCUCCGCACAGCUCGCUUGCGCAGGCUGCUCUGGCACAAAUCAAGGAAGGGGUGAAUCUGUAUGAGAGUGUAGGAAAAGGGUACAAGGCGUAUAGUGAUUUGCCGAUCGUGAGACAACUACUUACCCGAGCAUCCGACGCCAUCGCCUCUCCCGGUACCACCCAUCGCCUUGACGCCCCCUUCCCCGCCGACUUGCUCGGCGUCGGCACCACGCUCCGAAGAGCAAAAGAUCAACCCCUCCCGUCACUAUCCACAUCCACAUCAAAUACCCGAUCUCUUCUUCCCGAUUUAGAGACCUUCCCAACGACAAUCGCUGAUGCAAUCGCUUAUCAAAACAGUCUUCUUCCCACGCCCGCAGACCCUACUUUGGCAUCGUCUUUAUCUCGUCCUCUUGAGGCAAGCGGCGUAGCGGAAGGGUCGUCCCUCGGACAUGAAGAGAACAGCGAUUGGCCAUCGUGGGGUGACGGGAGUGUUGUUGGGGAGAAUGAGGGUAGUUUGGAGUACGACUUUGAUGCUUUUUUGGCUAGUAUAAUCGGUGUUGAUCCUAUUUCGCUCGCUGGUUUGGUCUAUGACGAGUAG